AUGAAAGUGUAUACAUCUCAAUGGGACUCCUUAGUUAUUUUAGAUGACAUCUUGUAUAGAGAAUGGAUUUCUUCUAAUUUGAAGUCAAAAGUUCUUCAAUUAAUAGUACCUAGAAAUUAUAUCAACACGGUUUUGGAAGAGGCUCAUGAUUCCCCUUCUAGUGGUUAUUUUGGUGUUAAUAAGACACUACAGAAGGUACGGAAAAGAUUUUAUUGGGCUUCUUAUAAGAAAGAUAUUGAAAAUUGGUGUAGAUCUUGCUCGAAGUGUAUAACAAGAAAGGGACCUUCGGAUAAAUGUCACAGUAUACAAAAGACUAGAACAACACCGUUACACCCACAAUCAGAUGGCCAGGUAGAAAGACAGAAUAGGACAAUAAUUGACUACUUAGCUAAAUACAUAUCAGAUAAUCAAAAAGAUUGGGAUCGUUGGAUUGCCUUGUACCUUUUAGCUUACAGAUCUUCUGUUCAUGCCACAACUGGAACUAGUCCAGCUGAGAUGUACACCGGUUCAGACCUGAGACUUCCCUUAGACUUGAUGCGCGGACGUCUUCCUGAAGUAGAGAAUCCUUACACACGAGAAAACUACGUACACAAACUCAAGAACGACAUCGACAAAAUACAUGAUUUUACAAGAACACACAUCAAGAUUACAUCACAACGAUCAAAGAAAUACUACGAUAGAACAGCUCGACACAUAAAUUUCACAAAUAACCAAAAAGUAUGGUUUUUCAACACUCGACGGCUCAAAGGAAGGACACCAAAACUCCAGAGUAAUUGA